UCAGGACCAUUUUUCCAGUGACAGAUCUAUAGAUCUAGCAGUAUUGUCUAUGGUCUAUGAUUAUGAAUAAUAUCAGUGUUAUUCAUGCACUCCUGGGUAAGGCUCUGGCACACCCCCAAAAUAAACUCCUGCUGCUAGUAAAGAGACAGUACAGCAAGAGCCAGAGCAAUGGCAACACAUCAAAAGGAAUUGGUUAUUCAAUGUGUGGAGCUAAAAGAAAAAUACCUGAAUAAAGGGAAUCGAUUUGCAAUGUGCAAAGUCAUAGGAGGAUACACACAAUGUAAAAUUGAUGUUCGAACUGUGCCUGCUGGUGUUCGUUUUGAAGUUAUUGGGCCCAAGAGUGGUGUCAAUAAAGCACUGAGAAACAUACAGCAACAUUUCUACAAGCCUGGUGACAAAAAUGCCAAAGCUCAUAGUUCAAGAAAAGGCUUACGAUCUAUGAAGAAGGAAGAUCAGAUUAAAAUUCUUGAAGGUGGUGUUGAUCCUAGACAACCCCUCUUAACAGAGGCUGUUCUCAGACAGCAUAACAUGCUUAAUGAAGUGUCUGAACUUAGGGAAUUCGCUUGUCUCCGUUGUAAUCAUUUUUGGUGGAGAAAAGUCUUCACCACAAAACGGGUAUCUACGUGCAAAGACUGUUGGGUAAAAUACGAUGCCCUCCCUCGAGACAAAGAGUUUGGUCGCGGUCGCUAUAUUUGCCAGAAUAAAAAUUGCAACCGCAUAUUCUUUCGAUUUUGUCAUGCUACCUUGGCUUGUAAAUGCAAAAAAUGCUAUGAGAUGGUUCAUCAUCCACAUAUUCAUCCCAGGUUUCGUAAAACACAUAAGAUACGCAAACCCGUAGAUCCUGAGACUAAACUAUUUGACCCAUGGCCAACUGAAGAAGAAUCUCCUCAGAAUGUAGCUACUCUUGAUGAUGUUUCCCCGUAUGAACGUAAAAAGAGAAAGUGUAUUUUUAACCCAAGUACCGCGCAUGUUUCAACAGGAUCAACCGAAAGGACAUUCCUGACCCAAGCAGGCAGUUCAGACUUCGGUGAUGACGAAUCAACAGUUGCCAGUAGUGAUGAUGAUUCACACUACUCCAGCAGUGACAAUGGAACUGACUCUGACUCUACGCUUGAUCAAUCUGAUGACGACUUUGUACGAGAAGGCUCACUGACAACAAUGCACUCUUCAGAUUCAGAUCUUGAUAGUGAUGACGCUACAAGCUCCAAUCAUCCAACUCGAAAACGUGAAUUGAGAACGCAUUCUUGUGAUGAUUCUUCUGAGAAUGAUGACAAAACGCCUGAGCCCUCUGAGACUGGGUCCGCCGGUUCUGAGAAGCUCUCCUCUCAAGUGUCUACCAUCCACGACUCGGGCAUCGGUACUGCUAGUAACAUCGACACAGUGAGCACUGCUGACAGUGCAAAGAACACUGCUGCUAUUGUUCACACAACUUCUCAUGAUUGGGAGCGUUCUUCAACGAUUAAGCAUGAUUACCUUCCAGUUAGGUUCUCGCGGAGGGAAUUCCAAAAAAGUGUCGAUCAUCAUGGAGCUGAUAUCAUCGGUGAAGGAAUUCAUGUCACCAUCCCUCCCAAUGCAAUCCACCAAGGUGAUGAGGUCUCUGUGACAGUUCAAGCAUGUCUAGAUCUAGAGGGUCCGUUCGAAUUUCCCUCUGAUUAUGAGCCCAUCAGCCCUGUCUACUUGCUCCAUCCACCGCAUAUAUUUAAAUCCUACGUUGAGCUUAAGAUUAAGGUCUUUGCUGAUAUCAAGAACAGUGACGAGAUUAUCUUUCUUACAAGCCGAGAUAAGCCUUCGGUUCGGAAAAAGCAAAACGUAUGGAUUUUCAUGGAAGAAGUUGAUGUGUUUGCUAAACCAUAUUAUUCUGAUGGCUGUCCGGCGGUGUCAGUAUCAGUGCGGCACUUUUGCUUUGGACUGUUGGCAAGACGCAAAACGAAAAGGCGAAAAGAUCUGUAUGUUGUCUGCCUGUACUUUCUGUUGCCUUCUUGCCUUGCCUUCUUUACAGCUUCAUUGGACAGUGAUGUGUACAUGCACGACUUUGAAGACUAUCUACGUAAAAAGUUCAAAGAAGAUAGUUAUCAUGGCGAGCCACGUCAUAUUCGGCUGUCUGCUAACAAAAUUGAGCUUUUGUUACCCACAAACACUGAAGUAGAGGUUGUACUCCAUUCGUCUCCUUGCAUUAUUAAACAAGAGCUUUUAGACCUGCCAAAGAGGAAAAAGCGUGGUUUCUAUCCUCCACGAAUCGCUAUGUCCAUCCACGGAACCUCAGAACAGCAUCAAGUGUGCACAUUUGGGGUAAUAGGAACAGAGGAAAAAAUCGAGUUCAAUAUUAAAGUUCCCCCAUCCAGACCUCCCUCUUUGUCCACACACUCAUCCCGAAGUGAAGCUAGUGAUGGUCCUACGUAUCAGUCUAUAGUUGACCAUGUGGGUGUUUCUGAAGCAGUGUUGAAAACACAAUGCUCAAGUGAACACCUCAAAAGGAUUGCUGUAUUGGUUCCGAAUUGGCGGGAGUUGGCAAUAAAUUUGGGAGUUCAAAAAGGAUAUAUUAUGGACAUUAACAGCGAUCAACAGCUUACUGGUCCCGUUAUGAAAGCACACAGUGUUUUGGACCAAUGGCACCGUGCCAACGGGUUCAUGGCAUCGUACAAAAUAUUAAUAGGAGCUUUACAAGGUGAUGCAGUUCUGGCAGAAAGAGUUUGCAGGAUUGCUAAAGAAUUGGAGGCAGAAUUGGAGGUAGAGUAAAGUGUAUCCAGAAUUGGAGUCGAUUAGAUGAUUUAUGGAACUGAACAACUCUACCCUUGUGUAUUUAGUUUUUUUGUGUAUGUGUGUGUGUGUAAUUUCUACAAAGUACACCCCUUUCUGUA